AUGGAGACUGCUACUUUUGCUUUUGGUGGAACAAAACAAAGGAAAGAACAAAGGCGUUUGAAAGAAGGAUUUAGCAUUGUACAUGAUAUAGAAUAUAGACUUAAUAUUAGUAGGAUAACUCCGCAAACAAAAGAGUGGACUUGUAAAGUCCAACUUAUUAAAAAAGCAAGAGAAAGAAAGAGUAAGGACGGGCGAACAGGAUUUCAAAUUGCAAUUGCACAAGAUGAGACGGAAGAACAAAUUACUAUUAUUUUGUAUGAGGACGACAUAGAUAAACAUCAAAACAAGCUCACUCUUUUUAGCACAUACUUGAUAUCAACUGCAAAAGUUAGAGAACUACUACCCUAUGGACUUCCUGUCAAUACAAUUGAGUGGGUUGUAGACAGAUUCACGGUUGUUGAACAAAUCAAAGAAUACAACACAGGUGAUCCACCAUUGCUAGCUUCAACAAGAUUAAACACAAUAUCUUUAGCAAAUUUAGAGCAAGAACCACGACAUGUAGAAUUUGAUGUGCUCGCUGUUGUUGUGAGUUGUGGUGCUAUUAAGUUUGAUGGCAUUCAUGGAAAUAAAUGUCGACAAAUUGUUGUCAUGGAUGUAAACAUGCACCAUUAUAUUUUCACUUUAUGGGAAGACUUCGCUGAGAUUGAUGGAAGUGAGCUAGCUGCACAAAUUGAAAAUCAUCCAGUAAUCCUAGCAAAACGAAUUGCACGAUUUUCAUAUGCUGGGAUAUCUCUAACAACAAGAUAUAAUUCUACAAUAUUGACAAAUCCUGUGUAUCCACAAGUUGCAGAACUGACAAACUAGUAUGAAAUAAAGACAAAAUAAUAGAACUAUAAUAAUGUAUAAGAUUAACUAUGCAUGAUCCAAAAUGAUAUAACUAUAUGUAUAUAGGGUGAAAGACAAUGAAGACAUGUUGAACACAUAUACAAAAAGAAGCUCUGCUGCAAUGUCGCUACAUGAUGAUAUUAUACCUAUAGGAAAUAUCGAAACACAAUCUGCAAUGCAAUACUUUCACGUUGAAGGUAAAAUAUUGUUCUUGGAUGAUGAUGACUGGAUAUUUUAUGAGUUAAUGUGACCAAAAUGCAAGAACAUUGUCAGAACCAAGAUAAUAAAGGGUAUUGACUGUGAAAAUUGCCAAGAACAUACCAUGUUAACACUCAGGUAUAACGAACUUCUCAUGAUUAAUUGCAUUUUCCUUCUGUGUGACUUGGUGUUGUGUCUACUCAUCAAAUUCCAACUUGCAAGUGUAUUGUCUAUCUCUAGGGAAACUUGAUAUAUAGACGCUGCCUACAAAUUCAAUUUUGUUUAGCUGAUAUAAAGCAAGCCAAAGACAUCAUCAUGGUAAACUAAUACAAUAAUUUCUGCCCUGAUUAUCGGCUUGUUACUAAGGAAUGCAAAAUUUAUACCUUCUACGAAAAUGGUUGCUAUUUUAUGCACAAAGUUUGGCUUCUAUUAUACUGUGUUAUUUUUGUUGUGUCUGUGCACUGCCAAAUCUGGGAAGUGUUGGUACACACGUCGAGAUGAACUUGAAAAAGAGAUGAAAAAAGAAGUAUUUUGUA